CGCUCGGGCUCCUUCACGUGGCCGCUCCGGCUCCGCGCUCCUCGCAGGUGAGGUUAGUUCUGUCUUCGACGCCUUCGAGAGACGCAUAACGCAACCCGCACCGCGCCCGCGAGCACCACGAGACCGCCCGCACGUUCCCACGACCAGGUAACCAUGGAAUCGAGCUUGCGGCGAGAAGUAUGUUAACGACACAGACCGGCUAUGCAGCAGCUCCAGGAUCAACUCCAGCUGAACUUGAUCCAGCAAUCUCUGGCUCAAAGCGCGGCCAAUAAUAUAAACAUCACCCGCAACGGGUUGACGAGCAACGGGAGCUGCGCCGCCGAGGACGACAACAACAACAACAGCGGGAAGAAGGGCGGCUGCGGCGGCGGCAACGGCUGCUUCGAGGCUUCGCCGCGCGGGAUGACCAACCACAAGGGCGGCGCCACGGCCGAGGCGCUCCAGCAGAUGGCCUUCCAGCAGCAGCAGCUCGUCCACCAGCUCCAGAUGACCCAGCGCCAGUACGUCUUCCAGCACGGCAUCAGCCUCCCCGCCAUGCUCCCCCACCCACCCGCACCCCAGGCGGUUCAGCAAAACUUAGGACAGGCAGACUUCAAUGCAUUCUGGAGUAAUUUCAAUAUGGAGUCUCCAGAUCUACACAAGAAGCAGAUAUCAGAAAAAGCAAUUGUAGGCAUCAAUGGUCUUCUAGUGUCGAUGGGAAUCAGUAGGCGGGAGUGUCUGAACGGCGGCUCGGUCGGGGUCGAGGACGAAAACGGCGACAACGAGAAACUACACAUGUUGUACGGUCACGGAGUCUGCAAGUGGCCCGGCUGCGAGACUGUUUGCGAUGACAUUCACGCCUUUUAUCAGCACUUGAAUAAGGAGCACACCCUGGACGACCGAUCGACGGCGCAAACCCGAGUUCAGAUGCAAGUCGUAUCUCAACUGGAGCUCCAACUCCAGAAGGAAAGGGACCGGCUCCAGGCUAUGAUGAUCCACCUGCACAUGGCCAAGCAGCAGGCUGGCCACGAAUUAGAGAACGACGUUUACAAGAACGCACAGUGUUUGACGAAAACCCUCAACCAGCAACAAAUGUGUCUCGGGGAUUUUCCUCCGCAGGCGACACCAGUCUCAAUGUCUUCCAUAGUCUCCUCGAUGUCAGUGCUGCGACCGAACACACCCAACACCACUAACAACCUCAGCGGGGUGUCCACCAAACGUAGGAUCUGCGAAAAGUCAGGCAUGUCCAUCGCAGGAGGAUUGCCAUACAUGCUGGAGCGAGCAGGGUUAGAUGUACAGCAAGAAAUUCAACGGAAUAGAGAAUUUUACAAGAAUGCUGAUGUUCGGCCACCAUUCACGUAUGCCUCGUUAAUUAGACAGUCUAUUAUAGAAUCACCAGAUAAACAGUUAACGUUGAACGAAAUAUAUAAUUGGUUCCAAAAUACCUUUUGUUACUUUCGGCGGAACGCUGCUACAUGGAAGAACGCGAUCCGCACCAACCUCUCGCUCCACAAGUGUUUUGUACGGUAUGAGGAUGACUUCGGCUCCUUCUGGAUGGUGGACGAUGCUGAGUUUGUCAAGCGACGGCACGUGUCCCGCGGCCGCCCGCGAAAGUAUGACCCCAUCCCAUCACCCACUCCAUCCCACCCAGAUGCUCAAUCAGACGACAGCUCGCCGAUAAUCAAAAGUCCAAGACUUUACGACUCUCACAACACCAGUGCUCAGGAAGAAGCGAACUAUCUAUCGUAUCUUGAGAGCAGCCCUUCUAGGAACAAUAACUACACGAUGAAAUCACCAACCGCCCUGAGUCACGAGGACGACGUCCAACCAGAAAACAUGUCGAUAUCGCCUUCGGGCCCCCCGACCGAGAAGCACCGGAGCGGCGACUACGGGAAGUGCGAGGCGGCGCGCGAGACAGGAGCCGACUACGGGCGGCCCCCGGACCCCCGGUCCGCUCGCCCGGAGGAACCGGACGACGGAGACGAAGACGUAGCCCAGGACCUCUCGAUGACGACCGAGGAUCACAGCGUCCACACGCACGACCACGAGCGCCAGAUCACCAGCUCGUCCUCCUCCUAACGAACGUCCCACACGCUCCGCGCUUGAUGCGCGUCUUCGUAAAAGUAGGGGUCGCUCGAGGUCACGGCGGACGGGGCUUGGCUAUCCCCCGGAGGAAAAAGCGGUGCUGCCAUCAAAUUGUACCGGAGAUGCCGGAGUUCCCGGAAUUAAUUCAGAUAUCCAAAAUUUCCGUAUCUUCGCAAGUUCCGGAGAAAGAUUUCUUCAUAUGCACGGGUGGAGUUCGAGAGAUCGUCAUAUUUGAACCGAAAAUCAUUCGAUUUGAUCGAAUAAUCGGCCACACCGGUAAGAAAAAAAAAACCGAGAUUCCGAGGAAAUUCCGCAAAUAUUCACGAAAAAAUUAAAUUGCUGAUUCAAAAAUUCAAUUGUGGAAAGAAGUGACUGCAACGUCUCAACGUAGAUAUUACAACAAAGAAAUACAACUUUGACCACUAUUGUACGCUAAUUUACCCACGGGGAUCGUUAAAAAAACAUUUUUGUGUUGUAAAAUCUACAUUGAAACUUUGCAGUCACUUUUUUUAGCAAUUGAAUUGUUAAAUCAACGAUUUAAUUUCCUCCGUGUAGCGGAAAAUUCCGAGGAUUCCGUGCAAAUUUGCGAAACUCUGAAUUAAUUCCAGGAAACGGCAGCACUGCGAAGAGAACGAGUACCUUUCUCGGGAGAGUAUGAACACUGGGCUCCGUGGAGCUAAAAUGGCGGCGACUCUCGGUGGGAGCGGGUGAGAAACAGAUGUUGGAAGCUUUGACGACUGUCACCUGCUCCACCUAUAACCAACCCGGCUAUAGAUGUUCAAGUUAAAAAGGCGUUUCCUAACAUAAUGCACAACAUUCGAUUGAAACUGAGUAAAAAUGUAAACCUCCGUACUCCUUGCAAAACUAAUUAUAUCCGAGUGUGACGUCUGCUAUUUUUCAGGAUCCUAGGAGCUCCAUUAAGGCCUCCUUAGUGAAUCUUCAGUGGCCCUACUCUAUCUAUAAAGGUCCUCUAGGGCAGAAGUCAUUCGGAUCGCAUCUAACAGAAAGGGACCAGCACGCUGGUUGUUGAAAUUUAUAGACAAAACAAUAGACAAAGGAAGGAAAUAAAACUAUCCUCUCGGUGAAAGCAGGUAGUUGCGAUGGACAAAGACGGGAAGUAAAAUUAGAGACGGCAACUUGAGCGAAACCCUUUAAGUUAGUCUAUCGGUUUCGCCUUUGGUUUUCGACAAACGCCGGUAUCAAUCAAUAGGAUUACUCCAUUUUGAUGUUUUCUUAUCCGUCGAUCAUUAUGUAUGACAUGAGUAAUGUCCAUUGUUCCAUUAGUGUAGUCAAAAUCAUGCGUCUGAAAUAUAUGCUAAGAGUGACGGGUAGUUUCAGUUUUUCCAUCAAAUAACUGACGAUUCCAAAGCAAAACGAUCGUGUACUAUUUUUUCCUGUCCAAGUAUUCAAUAAUACUUAAAAGAAAGAAGGAUUUCAAAGACUUGGAAAACAACAAUAUGAUCAGGCUGAUUCCCUUCCGUUAAAUGCGAUCUAGUUGUCUCUGAGCAGAGACUGCAAGGUAUAUAGACUCCGGUCAGACCAAUGGCAAGAGAGCCUAUCGAUCCAAGUUCGAUAGCGAUUACUUCCCACAAGCUUCUUGUUGACAGGCUUGAAUCUGUUAGUAUACAGGGUUAUUCAAAAGUCACGCACCACUGGCCGUGAGGGGGCCGGCCAUUUGAAUUUUAGAGUUGCCCCCCCCCCCUCCCCCACCGGGGGGUAAAAAACUGGAAAGUACCUAAAAAAAGUUUUCCCCUCGAUAUGAGGAAAAAUUUCAUAAACCGCAAGUCGGUACCUUGAUUAGAGCUAAAGUUAAGGCCAGUGGUGCGUGACUUCGGAAUAACCCUGUAGGCGCGGGAAAACGAAAUGACACACAUUCAAUAUUGACUCGAAGGAUUUCUGAAAAUAGUUCAGAAUAAAUUCAUAAUCAAGUAGUGGUAAAAGGCUGAUUUAGUUGACCAAUGGGGAAAUAAAAGGAAUCUCCACACGGAGAAAAAAACCUCGUGCGUGGAACCCGAAGAUUAGAUCAUAUGGAUCUCUGAAGUUUUCAGAUUGAG